UAUAGAUAGAUAGAUAUAUUCUGUUAUUUUAGGUUAAGUUAUUAGAGAUGAGAACAUGAAUUUUGUGAAGUGUUAAACGUCAUCAAAAUUAUAACAAGGAUUUAUUUUUAUUUUUAUAUGAAAAUGGCAUGGUUGUCAGGUCUUGCUGAUAAAGCUGAAAAUUUAUUAAAUAAAAUAGAUAAAAAUACCGCUGCAGUUUUAAAUAAAGACAAAUAUGAAUUACCACAGUCUCAAUUGACACAUGUUACAUGGAUUCCUUCUGAGUCAUGUGCUAAUAGACAAGAUGAUAUGAUUUUGAAAUCUACUACAGAAUCACCAAAGAAUUUUUCUUAUGUUCGUUCAACAUCAAAUCUUUCUUCAUUGACAACAAAUUCUAUUAUGUCUAGAGAUGAAGAGCUUCUUACUUUUUUAAAUACAGCAAAUUCAAGUCCAAAAAAGAAUAUAGCAGAAGUUUCAAUAUCACCACCAACACCUUCAUCACUUAUGGUUGAACAUCCAACAGAUACAACAGAUUCUGUAUCAGAUUUAUCAAUUCAUAGUGGUCGCUCCAGUCCCAGUUUUAUGCAUACUUCUGUAGAUGUAACAGAUAAUCUUAAUUAUGAUAUUGUAAAUGUAAACAAUAAUUUUUGUACGACCGAAGUAAUAGAUACAUUAAAUGAUGAAAUAAUAGAAAAUCAAAUUUCUGGACAUGAUAUUAUUAAAAAAAAAACUGAUACUAUACAACAAGGAUAUAAAUAUGAUGUGAAACAAGAAAAUAUGGAAAUAAAUAAAUUAAUGAAUUCAUCUCACAACAAAUACAUAAGAAAAUAUCUAAAAGAAGUAGAAAGAAAUUUAGAAGAAAGAAAUGAAUUACUUGGAAAACAAGAAACAGACCAUCAAAAAGAAAUCACAGUCUUGAAUGAAAAAUUGCAAUCUCUAUACACAGAAAAAGUGCAAUUAUCUAAACAAGUAAUAGAAUUACAAUUUGCUUUAGAAAGAAGUAGAUCAGAAUUAAAUUCUGCUAGAUCUGAUUUAGAACAACAUAAAGCUAGAGCCUUAAAGACAUUACAAGAAAAAGAAAAAUUGAUAGCAGAUUUAAGAUGCAAUGAGUCUACAGAAAUGGAUGAUACAACUAUUAUAGAACUAAAUCAAUUAAGACAAGAACGCGAUAUACUUAGAGAAGAAAAUCAACAAAUUUCUGAACAAUUAAGAAUAGUACGUGAAGAAUUAAUGAAUGCUGAUGUAAAAUUGGAAAAAAUGAGACAAAAAUCUACUGAGGCAAAUGUACAAGCUCAAGAAAUUCUUGCUACAGAAAGACGUAGAAGAUUGGAUGCAGAAGAAGAUGCAAGAUUACAUUCAGAUGAAAUAAGAUCAUUAAAAGAUGAAUUAAUUCGACAACGUAAUAAUUAUACUACACAAAUACAGAAAAGUGAUUCUGAAAUUGCUCGACUUAGAAUGCAAUUAUCUGCAGCUUCAACACCAAAUAGCGAAAUAGAAUCGAGAUUGGCAUCUCUUACACAAACAUUAGUUUCAAAGCAACAAGCAUUAGAAAGUUUAACAACAGAAAGAAAUGCUUUAAGGCUACAAUUAGAAAAAAUAGAACAUGAAUUUAGGAAUAGUCGUCGUAAUGUUCCUUACAAUAGUAUAAACGAUACAGAUGAUGCUAAAGCUCAAGUACCGACAUUUCUAAUAGAAACUCCAUUUGAUACUGGAGUUACUAGAAGAGUAAAAAGAGCUUAUUCUUUAUUAGAUGCUAUUAGUAUUCGCACAGGAGUAUUUUUAAGAAGAUAUCCUCUUGCAAGGAUUUUGGUAUUAAUUUAUAUGGCAUUACUUCAAUUUUGGGUUCUUAUAGUUCUUUUAUCACAAUCACCAGAAGCUCAUUAAUCAAUAUUUAUAAUACAUUCAAUAGAACAUUUUUGUAAAUAUUAUAUUGGGAUAAUGCACAUAUAAUUGUUAUAAUUA